AUUGCUUUCUCGUUUUUGUCGGCUCGAUAAUGCUAAGUGGAAAAGAGAAAGAUCAAAAGUGAAACUGGUUGGUUUGAUACGUAUUGGUUGUUUGUUCGUUCAGCUAUUAUCACAAUUCACAUUGAAUUCUUUAAUUUAUCUCAAGAUUACUAACAAAAACAAAACUUGAUUUUUAAUGUAUUGUUAAUGGACACUAGUCAAGAAUACUGAUUGCAUUAUUAUGUCGGUAUUGGUAUCGUGACUGUGCUUAAGUUACAAAGUCUUUAAAGUUAUUAGUGGCCCUUACAGUGUUUGGGAGGUGGAGUGGUCUAACGGUGCACACCGUUAUAUUUCUUAUUUAUGAAUGUCGGUAUCUUUAACAGAGUUAAUCACAAGAACAAAGACUGUGGAGGCAUGUACUCAGAAUGGAGCUCGCUGCCACUGGAGGGCGGCGGGCGCGGCGUGCUGGGCGCGGUCGGCGGCCGCGACGUAGUGCUGGCCGUUGUGCGGCAGUUGGCCAGCCACGAGCCCAGUCCUCUGUCUACUGAUGCUGAGGUUGAGUGGGUUCUGGAAGUGAUCCGCUUCGGUCUCGGUCUCCCGCUGACGGAGCACGAGGCAGUCCGCGACUGCGUGCGCGUGUGCUGCGCGUGGCUGUCGCCGCUGCUGCCCGCGGCCGCGCCGCCCGCGCCGCCGCCGCCCGCUACGCCGCCGCCCGUGCACGCGCAGCCGCACAGAUACGCUCGCAAGAUACUGAGGCACUUGCAGAACCUCUUCGUGCCUAGACCUGAUGAGACUCUCUCAUUUGUAUACCAAUUGGAAUUGGGCGGUGAUUUGAUAAGCAAGCAAGCUGUGCUUUGCCACCGCGUGCUCCGUCUCGCUCGCUCUCUGGCCGGCAACGGGAACCUCGGCGCUAGUGAAUGGAAAGCUUUAUUGUUGCUGCUACUGUCAGCCGCUUCAGCGCUUUUAUCGCCGCCAGCGCCGCACCAUUCGGCGGCUGAACAGCUGUGUGAGCGAGUGCUGUGUGUGCUUUUUGAAGUAUGGAUCUUGGCUUGCCACAGAUGUUUCCCGUCGCCGCCGCUGUGGCGCACGCUGCGCGAGCAGUGCGUGCGCUGGCGGCACCGCGCGCCGCUGUCGGAGCAGUGGACGCGCGCCUCGCUGUGUCUCACCGCGCGCCUGCUCAAGCACAUGUACGGCCCGCUCUUCCCGCCUAUGCCUAUCAGUGAAGAAGAUGCAGGCUUAGUGCCAGCGGAUAUGAGCGCGGAGGCAGUCAUGCAGAGUUGGUACCGCAUCCUGCACACCAUCGGGAACCCGGUGGACUUGUGCCGCCCGCAUCUCAUCAGCCAGACCCCAGAUUUUUUGCAGUACUCGAUAACGUCUGAGGAGGGCGGGCGGGACCCCAGUCAGCACCCGUGCCUGCAGGCGCUGCCCGGGAUCUUCCUCAAGGCCAUGAAGGGCAUCGCGGCUCACGUCGACGCCUUCCUCGGGCGCGGCGCGGAGUGGAGCGGCGCGCCGCGCGACGCCGACGUCGGCGACGGCGACACGCCGCCGCAGCACCGCCGGCUGGCCAAGUCCUUCAGCGUCAACGCUGCCAGGCCCCGCGACAAGAUGGAGAAAGGUACUCCUAGGACCUCGCUGAUUGGUCUGACAAGCAGUCGCCCGCCCAGCGUGGCCCCCACCACUCCGCCCAACUCCAUUUCAUCUCAAGUGGCGGAAGCGGAGAAACCGCCGUUGACGCCGCUGCGCCCGCGCGUCAACUCCAUCUUCCAUCUGUUCGGAGAGUGGUUAUUCGAAGCUGCCUUGUUGGGCACUACGCCUGUCCACACUGGGCCGGCCCGUGCAGAUGGCACACCGCCGCCGCCUUCGCUCUCCGAAGCGCAGUACAAGCUGAACAUGCUGGCUUAUCAACCGGGUCGCGCGGAAGCCUUAGGGACCGUAUGCCGCAUAUUAUGCUCGAAGCAAAGUGCCGAAGAAGUCCAAGCUGUAUACCUGGCGCGAUGUCUGGCGGCGCUCCGCCUCGGGCUCCGAGACUCCGCCACCGCCGCCGCUGUGGUGCUCCACGCGGCCGACCUGUUCCGGUUGGACUUGGACGGUGUUCUGGUAUUAGUGCCAGAUUUCAUCACGGCACUAGACCGCAUACUGUCAGAACGCGAACCGAAGUUGGAGUGCGGUUCUAUAGACAAGAGAGAACUGCGCAAGGCCGCCAUCAGCGCUCUAUUGUCUUUGGUCGCUUUCCCCUACCACUAUAAGGGACUGCCGGUUCCUGAGUUCCCAGGGUGUAAUGAAUAUUCAGGCAUGACAUUAGGCGAGCUGAUGCGAGGCAAGUUGUCGCUGAUUUGCGUGUCGGCCGUGCAAGUGGAGUGGUCUGACGCGCUGGCCGUGCCGCUGUUGUCGGCGCUGUACCUCUGCGUGAGACACAACGCACUGGCUGCGCCCGCCGGCGGCGGCGGCGGCGGCUCCACCUUGUCACAUAACACUGAUUUUAAAGCUCGGUCGGAGAGCAGUGCGACGGGCAGCGAGGGCCACACAUCGUUGGAGGACUUCGCAGCCGAUGUUAGGGAGCUUGACCACAACUCGCCACUAUUCGGAGCGGCGCUGGUGGUCCGCGCGACGUACCUCGUGUGCCACCGGCUGAUCUCGUCGUGGAAGGCCGACCUGCAGGUGUCGCUGGCCGCCCUGGACCUGCUGGCCGGGCUCGCCAAGCUGCACUCCACCAAACCUGAAGCCAUCGAGCGCAAGCGGGCGGUCCGUUGGAUCUGCGACUACAUCAGCGUGCAGUGCUCACGACCUCCUCAAGCCCAUUCACGAGAUCUACAUUCCUGUGUGGUUGCUGCCUACGCUUGUCUAGCAGCUUGGUUAUGUCCGGCUUUAUUGGCUGACCAAGACUGUCUGGCAACACUCAUGGAAGUUGUUGAGUUAGGCAUCUCUGGGUCUAAGAGCCAGUCAGGCAAACCCGGCGACCCUCCAAAGAUGAAGGAUGAGAAGGAAUUAAAGCCUGUUUCCAUGCGAGUACGAGACGCGGCCGAAUCGCUACUGAUGCUUAUCUUGGAACAAUCUGUGACGGGUGGGCACGGCAACGGCAGCUGGUGCAGACUGGACGAGCGCUGGCUGGCGGCGCUGGGCCACGGCCGGCUGCGGCACUACGUGGCCGACGGCAGCGUGCUGCUGUCGCUGCUGGAGGAACCGCUGGCCAACAGCCAGGAACCACAGCCUACGCUUAUUGUGAUAAUCCGCUGCGGCUGGGGCCGCUUCGCGUGGUCGCUGAGCAGCCGCGGCGCGGCGCGCAGUGCGGCGCGCGCAGGCGCAGCGUGCCCCCGCCCCGUGCCCAUCCUGGAGCCCCCGCCGCGCCCGCGCCCCGUCUGUCGUCCGCUGCCCGCAGCCUCCGCCGCGCUUGACGCAGCGUUCCCCAGUUUAGAGACGGUCCUCCGCCAACUGAAUGACCCCGAGGCGCCCACUUUGUUCAAACUGUUGGAGCAACAAGCCAUUGUUGAGAAAGCUGUAAGAGAAAGCGAAGACAAUGCGAUUCCAGAAGAGUAUGUACCACCUGAGCCGGUGACGGAGUUCCAGACGGCGAGACUAUUCCUCUCGCACUUCGGAUACUUGAACAUCGGCGGGGAGAAAAAGGGCCAGCCGCCACGGCUGGUGUCGCUGGACGACACCGCCCCGGGCUUCGCGGCGGCGCUGCGCCGCAUCGACGCGUGCGGCGCCAAGCGCCCGCUCACAGUGCACUUGUUCUGCGCUAACGCCGGACAAACUAACGCUAAAGAUAUACUCGCCAACGUGAACAGUUGUAGCACCGUGGCGCCUGGAUUUGUCAGAUUAUUACGAGGCCUGGGGCGCGCGGUGCGCGUGCGCGGGCACGGCGGCUGGGCCGGCCACGCGGCGCGCAGCUACGACGCCGCGCCGCACGGGUGCGCGGACGCGGACACAGACACAGACACACAAACACCUCUAGCGCCCAGCAUCUACGACGGUCGGCAACAGAUACUAUACUGGUCGGACGCGAGCAGUGAGAUCGCGUUCGUGGUGCCGUCAGCGACAGAAGAUGUCGACCGCAACAACGGCAGCAUCAAGUCUGACGUCGACGGCGGCUGCGUCUCUACCACCAGAAGCGGCGACAAGUCGGGGUCGUGUUGGGACGUGUCACACGAGAGCGCGCGCGCCGCCUCGCUCGACCUCGACAAGCAAAACUCACUCACUGGAAGUGGAAGGCGCAACAGAGAUUUCACAACGAAAAUUCUCGUCAUUUGGCUUGAAGAUUUUGAGGAUCAGCUUAAUUUGCCCAUCGACGAUCUGUUGAAGUACUGCGACACGGGCCUGCCGUGGCGGCGCUCGGAGACGAGCGUCAUCUGCCUGAGCGCGGCGCGCUGCGGGCUCGUGCGCGUGAGCGGCGGGGGCGCCGGGGGCGUCGGGGGCGCUGGGGGCGUCGGGGGCGCUGGGGGCGCACUGCCGCACGGCGCGCUGCUGGCCGCCGCGCUGCUGCCCGACUGUCUCGUGCGCGCGGCGCUCGCCGCCGCGCGCAGGGACACGCUCAACACCGACCUAUACCAGCCGCCGCACGUGCGCCGGCGGCACCUCAUCCAGGAGCUGGCGCAGAGCUACAAGCGCGACCUCAGCGAGCCCGAGCUGCUCGAGUCCUUGUUCACGACUCCCGCGUAACACUGCACUUUGAUUGUACACGUUAUUAUUAAUUGUCCUAUUUCGAUUAUAGACUAAGUAGAAAAAAGAGCAUUUAUUCAAAAAUUAGACUUAGAAAUAUUUAGCAUUCAACAUUACGUAAUAUUUAGCAAAAAUACAAACUAUUAGCAUUUCAGAAUGACUACUGCUGAGAGGAAAUGUCGAAAGAGAUUAAUUUCGACAGUGUCGGCCCUAUCAUAUGCCAAAAGCGUUUAUUUCCCACAUAGAUUAAUUUUUGGAAUAGCUUGUAUUUCAUAUUGUUUAAACCUAUGUGUUUCUUACAUAAAAACAGGUUUCUCACUCUCGAAGAGAAACAUUACAACAUUAUUAAUAAAGUUCUUCAUAUGCCGCUAUGAGAACCAUUUUUUAUCUCUCAGUUUGUCUGCUAGUUGACUAUAAAUUGUGAAACUAAGCUAUAGGCAGCUUCUACUACAAAGUUACUACUGACUUUCUUUCAAACUGCUUUCAUUCAUAUAAAGAUGAUGUAUUUUAUUAACAAUAUUUUGUUGUAUAAUAUAUGAUUAUUUAUUAAAUUAUUAAUUUUAAGACUGAUAUAAUAAAAUAUGCUUACAUAUAAGUCAAAACCAUUCCUAAUCAAAUGUAUUACAAAAAUGUUUUAAUGUAUAUUUCCAGAAUUUAGUAAAAAAUAUUGAUUAUUAAUAAAUAAAAUUAACAAUG